CUUAUACAUCGUUUUGUGUAAGGCUGCAUAGGGAACACUGUGUUGUCGUUGAAGAGACCUAUGUCGCCCGGCGCGACAGCGCUGGGCUCGUUCGGCAGGUCGCGACCUGGGCCAAUCUAUAGCCAUCACCUCUACAAGCAAGGACGGCUGCAGCUUCCUUUGCUGGUCGGCACCCCUCUCCCAGCAAGGGCCAUCAAAUGCUCUGUCCAGGUAUCGGAGGAAAGCGCGCUGGCGCAGUCCUUUGAAAGCGCUUUCCUUCAAGCGCAGGAACAGCAGCAGCAAUCGGACCAGCGGUCACGUACUCCGGGCCGUCAAACCGAACUUCCUCCCGAGGAUGAGCGCGAGCGUGUGUUUUUGGUGGGGGCGGCGAUCAAGGGCGAGCAGCGGCGGCACACGUACGACGUGCACGAGAGUGUGGACGAGCUGGGGCGGCUGGCGGAGACGGCUGGACUGAGGGUCAUGGGCUCCACGUAUCAGCUCCUUGACGCGCCCAACAUGUCCACAUACAUAGGCAGUGGCAAGGUGGCUGAGGUGGGCCGAGCUGUGGCGGCGUUGGGCGUGGAGACCGUCAUCUUCGACGACGAGCUGUCCCCGGGGCAGCUGCGGAACCUGGAACGGCAGCUGGGGACGGCGGCGGGGGGCGGGGAGGGCAGCGUGCGGGUUUGCGACCGUACGGCACUUAUCUUGGACAUUUUUUCGCAGCGCGCACAGACCAGGGAAGGUCAGCUGCAGGUGGAGCUGGCCCAGACGGAGUACCAGCUCCCCCGCCUGACCCGGAUGUGGACUCACCUGGACCGGGUGGGGGGUGGGGGGCAGGUGAAGGGGGCGGGAGAGAAGCAGAUAGAGGUCGACAAGCGGCUGCUACGAGACAGGGCGGCGGCGUUACGGCGGGAGUUGGAGGCGGUUAGGACGCACCGGCGGCAGUACCGGGACAAACGGUCCGCGACCCCCAUUCCCGUGGUGGGGAUUUGCGGGUACACCAAUGCAGGCAAGAGCACCCUCCUCAACACCCUGACCAACGCGGGGGUGCUGGCGGAGGACCAGCUGUUCGCCACCCUGGACCCCACCACCAGGAGACUGAGGCUCAAGGGCAACAAGGAGAUCCUCAUGUCGGACACGGUGGGUUUUAUUCAGAAGCUGCCCACUGAGCUGGUGGCGGCGUUCAGAGCCACGUUGGAGGAGAUCCGCGACGCCUCCAUCAUCCUGCACGUGGUGGACAUCAGCCACCCCAACGCAGCCGCACAGAACGCCGCGGUGAUGCAGGUGCUGGAGGAGCUGGGGAUAGGCGGGGGAGACAUGCCACCGAUGGUCACGGCGUGGAAUAAAGUUGAUGCCACAAGCAACCCGGAAGAGAUCCGCCGUGUGGCCGCGAAACGUAGCCGUACGGUCUGCAUCUCAGGCCGUACAGGCGAGGGACUGGACGAGCUGCUGGAGUUGCUGGGGCAGGUUCUGGAGGAGUCCAUGGAAGAAGUACGAGCGUUGUUGCCGUACAGCGCGGGCGAUUUGUUGAAUGAGCUGCAUACGGGUGGCCGGGUUAAGUGCGUGGAAUACACACCGGGGGGGGUGGCGGUGGUGGCGGCGGCGCCGGCGGCGCUGGUGGGGCGGUUGCGGCAUGCAGGGGUGUUGUUGGAGUCCGAGGUGAAGGCGGGGUGUGCGGGUGGGGAGGAGGAUGGAGGAGAGGAUGGGGAUGAGCUGGUGCUGUUGUGAAGGCAUGUGUAAGCACUGCUGUUGAUGGUUGGAGUCGGUUAUUUGUAUCAUUAUAUGAUGGCGGUGGCAUUCAAGAGGAGGAUGGAAGGCCGGUGGUGGUGAUGGUGGGGGGUGUAUCGUGUCCAUAUUUUGCCGGGCCUGACGACGCUGGCCAGAGGGGUGUUGCUGCCCAGAUCGGCAAUGAAUAAGACCGCCGGCCGAAGCACUUCUCCCCCCCUAGGGGAAAGGGGAGGGGCGUGAGGGGCCCCCGUGUAUGUGUGUAUUGGAGAGUUCCUUUGGCGGUCCCAUCCUCGGUAGUGGUGGGUGACUUAGAGGUCUCAUUGGAUUUACUAACCAACUACCGCCAGUUUGGCUAUGAAGGCGGUUAGCAGGACGGCGAAGGAUGUGGACGAUUCACUAACGGACUAACAGAGCACCGAGCUGAGAAGGAGGAGAGAGGCACGAGUCUCAUAGCUGGUUGAGUGGCUUGGAGGCACUGUGCGUGUGUGGACGUCUUGUUACAGGGACGGGGCCCGGCAUGUGUAAUUAACGGAAUGUACG